GCCAAAAAUGUUUGCUUCUCUAACCAAUUGGGUGGCCCAGGUACUAAGGGAAAGAGGAAUCCGAAUCUUGGUAUAUUUAGACGAUUUCCUCUUAGCACAUCAGAGCCCACAAAUCUUGGCAAGUCAAGCUCUGGAAACUGUACGAUUACUAGAACAGCUAGGCUGGCAAAUAAAUCGGGCCAAAUCAAUUUUAACCCCUCAGAAAGUCAUCGAAUACCUAGGAAUAUGUUGGGACCCUCAUACCAACAAGAAAUUCCUGCCAGCAAAGAAAUGCUCCGCCCUCAGGCAAACAAUAGAAACACUACUAAAGUACAAUGCGGCGUGCCUAAAAGAAAUUCAGAGCUUAGUAGGUUCUCUAAACUUUGCCAGUUUUUCAGUAUUGCGAGGAAGAUUGAAUCACAGGGCGCUGUUAAAAUAUUGUCACAGUCUUCUAAACCAGCCAAAAGUACGCCGGUUCCCAAUCCCACAGAAUGCGCGGCUCGAAUUAGCUUGGUGGUUGAACAACCUCAACAAAGAAUCCAUGAUACAUUAUCCCCCAAUAAGUCACUAUCUAGUCACCGACGCUUCGUUACUAGCAUGGGGGGCCCAAGUAGACAACAUGAAAUUACAAGAACGAUGGACCUUCACCGAAUCCACUCUCCAUUCGAAUAUAAAAGAAAUGCUGGCAGUGUUUUAUGCCCUAGAACGUUGUCGCCAAUAUUUGAAGAAUUCAUCUCUAAUGAUACAAAGCGACAACAAAUCGGUGGUUGCAUUUCUGAGGAACGAAGGGGGAACUCGAUCAGUUGCCCUGAUGGACCUUUGUUACAAAAUAUUCCACCUGGUAGAUCAGUGGAACAUCCAUUUUCAGAUUUACUACCUCCCAGGGAGGUUCAAUUGCGAGGCAGAUCGUCUCUCUCGCCUAACUGCCUCUCCCGAAUGGCAUCUUCUCCCAGCAAUAACAGAGAGAAUAUUCGCAAAGUGGGGCACCCCGAUAAUAGAUUUGUUCGCGUCAGCGGCGGCGCACGUAGUCCCAAAUUAUGUAUCACUCGAUGUGACAGAUCACCAAGCCCAAUUUCACAAUGCUUUCAGUCAAACCUGGCACUACCAUCUGGCAUGGCUAUUCCCACCGCCAUUUCUAAUACCUCAGGUACUAGCUCAUUUGAAUACAGCCGUAGGGAUAUAUUUAAUCAUAGCCCCGCGGUGGCCGAAGGUUUUCUGGAGGCCAGACCUCAAAAAUCGAUCCCUAGCCCCUCCGUUCACGAUAUUCGCCCUAGACCAGGUGCUGAUAGACACAAACACGGGCAGGCCUCCGCCCCAAGUUCAAGAAAUGACCCUAGAAGUAUGGAGAUGUGGGGGUGGGCGGAGAGCGUAAAAAAUUGGUCAGUGGAGCAAAAAUGUUUAUUGCUUUCUAGUUGGCUUGAAUCUUCCCGCCAAGUUGAUCCACCGUGA